UUACGCUUCGCGUUCUCUUCUUCGAAUAUCCAUUGGUUCAUUGGAAGCAUUGAAAGGCGGCCAUUAGACACUUCGUGAAAUGUUUCUCGUAUUUUCUUUCCGGUUAACGCCGCGGCAUUGAACCAUCGUCGGAUCUACGAAGAUGAAGUACAAUCGGUUAGUGUCCUCCUCGCGUAGGAAGAACAGAAAAAGGCAUUUCACAGCGCCUUCUCACAUCAGACGGCGGCUUAUGUCUGCUCCGCUGUCCAAGGAAUUACGACAAAAGUAUAAUGUGCGCUCGAUGCCAAUUCGCAAGGAUGACGAAGUGCAGGUUGUACGUGGCCAUUACAAGGGUCAACAAGUAGGAAAAGUUGUCCAAGUUUACAGGAAAAAGUUUGUCAUAUACAUUGAGCGAAUUCAGCGUGAGAAGGCAAACAGUGCAAAUGUAUACGUCGGCAUUGACCCUUCCAAGACGGUUAUUGUAAAGCUGAAAAUGGAUAAAGACCGUAAAAAGAUAAUUGAUAGGCGAAGUAAAGGCAGAUUGGCUGCGUUAGGAAAAGACAAAGGCAAAUAUACAGAAGACGUGACAGCUGCUAUGGAAACAUCGUAAAUUUUCCUUUGUUUAUGUAUAACAAUAAAACAACAAAAAAACAAAA